AUGGGCGCCUCGUUUGGCGUGCUUCUGCUCGGAGGCGCAGCAAUGGUGUACCACUCUUGGUACAAACGUCACGUCCUCAAAAAGAUGGAGGCCGCCUUCGAUCCUGGCUACGAUCCCGUUCUCGCUCUAGCUAAGAGCGGCGACCAGCUAGCUCAUGUCCGAAUCGAUCCUCCAAGACCCGAGGACGAGAUGAUCCGAAGCAUUAUUUCUGGCAAAGAAGCCGGUCGUUAUUUUCUCGUCAUGGGCAGUAAAGGCUCGGGCAAAGCCAGCUCAAUCAUUGAAGCUAUGGCUGCGAUUGAUGCGGACGGAUGUGCGUUUUUCGAUGCCCACCUUGAUCCCACCAUCGUGGUGGACCGUUUCUCGGAAUCGAUCAACUUUUCCAACAAUCGUGAUUAUCUGGGCAAUCUGCUGGGUCUCUCAGACCUCUCGGGGAUGUCGUACUAUCAGCAAUUGGAGCGUGCGCUGCACAAGCUUGAAAGGGCGCUCAUCACUCGCAAGCAAAAGACCGGCAAGCCGGCCAUCAUUGUUAUGAACAGCGCCCACUUGCUUCCACGCGAUGAAGAGGGAACCAAAUUGCUACACAUCUUCCAGCAGCGCGCUGAGAAGUGGGCCUCUGCAGGCACGGCCACAUUCGUAUUCACUACAGCCGACUACUGGGUAUACGAUGUGUUGCGUAAAGCCUCGAACCGAAUGGACACGCUCUCCUUCCGCGAUCUCACACGACGACAAUCGAUCAACGUGUUGCGUGGAUGUCGAAAGCAGUACUGGGGCGAGAAGCCUUCUUCGCAGGACCCACGCGUGCUUCAAGAAGUUUACGAGAUCUGCGGCGGUCGCCUAGGCUUGCUCAACAAGGUGGCUCGACGCAAGGAUAUGCUCCGGGCUGCCAGACAGCUUGUGGAAGAUGACAUGCAGUGGGUGCUCAGCAAGACUGGCAUCAUUGAGGACCACGAUGAUGAUGUCAUGGACGAGCAGAAGUGGUCGACGUGCAGCUGGCUGCUCUUCUGUGAGCUGUCCAAGAAGCAAAAGGAGUUGGAAGAGCUGCUGGACGACUACGGUGGCAGGCUUCCAGCUUUUGUCAAUCAGGACACGCAAGAGGAUCCGCAGUACAGCAGCUUAGCUGCACAACUGCACAGCGAUGCGGGCUGGUACAAAGCCAAAGCUUCACCCGUGCCUGGACUCACACGCUUUACCACGGCUGUCCGCCGUCACAAGGCCGCCGAUGAUGACGGCGACGACAAGCAGAGCAACAAGAUGACGGGCGCCAAGGAGACCACAUCUUUCAGCAAUGUCAACGACCUAGCUGAUGGCGAUGACGGUGGCGACGACGACGACGACGAUGAUGAUGAAGAUGAGACGGCACACCGACGUCUCACCGAGUCGCUUAUUACAGAUCCCAGCAUGGACCAAGAAGCUGAUGUGCGUGGUGCUGAUGUUCCGAAUCCACACCUUACCUGGGGCGAGGCACGCCAAACCAUGACACGCCCCGACUUUAUCAUGGAGCUCGACCAUCUCAACAUCAUUCAUAUCGACCGCCAUCACCACAUUCGUGCCGACUCGAUGCCGCUGCUACGAGCGAUGCGCCGUGUUGCCGAAUCCGAAGGUUACGGCGACAAACUCGAGUCAGUUAUGGACCGUGUCUCGGCUAUCGAGAGUUUGGGACGAACGCGAGAGCUGCUUUGGAAGGAGCAGGGGGAUCACGGCAAAUUUUUGAUCAAGAAGGAUCACAAGGGUAGAGAGAUUGAGACUUGGACGCUACUCGGUGGUGACGAGAGGCUGGGUCGUGUCACGGACGAGGACAGCGGAGAUGGCGACGAUUAG